CAGUCACACUUGUGCUUUUCCUUCACUCUCAUCAGCUAUGCAGUAUCUUACCAUCACAUGAAGUUACUCGUGAGUUACUCGCUUUAACUAAGUAAAGAGCCGCAUCAGCAUUUUAUAUCAGGAUGGAUAACAAAUUCAUUCAUCAGCAGCUUGUUUAGAGAUUUUUGUUUAAGAAGAGCUUUUUAACUUUUUGGAAGUUCAGUACUCUGGACCACAUUACAGCUGCAUGCAGUGGCCUUAGCAGCUCUCAGUGAUGUCAUCUAUACUGUCUUACAACAAAGAGCAGCCUCGCAUUAAAAAGUCACUCUCUGACUCCUCUACAACUUCAUCCACUCCCACCACCAGGAGCCUGAGGCAUGAGGGACUGUCUGGACUGAGAACAUCUGGAAAGACUGAUGUUUCUCAUGACACAUCAACAAACCAUGCUGAAUCCUAUUUUUUGCGGAGGGAGAACAGACUGUCUGCAAAAAAAAAGGCAGAAGAAGAGAUAGCAAACAAUGAAUAUAAAAAGAUGUACGAAAAGGCACUGGCCACCAAUCAAAGGCUCAAGUCCAAGCUGGAAACAAGCAAACAGGAACUCGCCAUGAUUCAGGACCAGCUGCAGAGAGCACAGAAGGGAAAACCAGGAGAUUGUAGCUCCAACAUGCUUGAAGCAGAAAAAAAGGAAAGUUGUAGUCUUAAGAAAAGGAUAACAGAGAUGGAAGAACAACUGAAGGUUAAAGCAGAGCUUAAGAUGGAGAACCAAAGAUUGAAGGAUGAGAAUGGAGCUUUAAUCCGCGUCAUCACUAAACUGUCAAAGUGAGACAGGACACAGAAAGAAGAGGGAAGGAUGCCAGAACCCAUAUUUAUAUCUACUGUAUACUGUACCCUGCUCUCAUUACACUCAUCCUGACCUCAUAAAGAAAGUACAUAUGCACAUACUGUAGUUUCCCAGUAAUUUGGAAACCCAAAUUCUUUCUUGUUUGUGUUGAAGACUGAGAUGUCUUUAUAAGGCAGGCUGAUUUUCCAUUGUAUGUUUAGUAAAUGAAUAUCCCCUCAAUGUACUGUAUUUAAACAAGUAACACAUGUCUUAAAUAUUUCUACAUAAGGACAAAUUCCAACACAGUUUUUUUUUAACUGUAUAAGCAUAUCAAGAAUAUCUCUGCAUACAUAAAUGGACAAAAUAUUGCAGGUAUUUCCACUGAGGUUCUGCCAUAGCAUCUGCAACAUUUGGUCUAUUACAUAUGCAAACCCUGACUACCGGCUCUGAGCUAUUACGGACAGCAGGUGGUGGAUGAGCUGCAUUUCUCAGAAAUGUGAGAAUGUCAUGUCUGAUUUAAGAGUUUUAGGUUGAAAUAUGACAUCACAAACGACAGGCUUUCCCUCUUAACCUGCACUAUAAAUACAACAAGACAUAUGAAAGAUGGUCUGAGAAAGAGCAGGCCUGUUGUUUUUUGUCAUAACUGUCAGCACCAAAGCAAAGUCAGACCUGCAUGUAAGAGAUGAAUCAAUUUGUUAUUAACUCUUUGUCACUAGCUUUAGAUUUUUGCCUUUUUUUAAAAACAAGUCAUGGUAAAUGACAAGAGAAUUUCACCUCAAGGGAAAUUUAUUACAGUUGUUCUGGAGUUUUUGAUCUGAUUCUCGGGGGAAAUGAACUUGUUUCUCUUGGCUGCUGUUUCCAAGUUCAGGAAUUUAAGAUUAACUUUAAGAUUAAACCCCCAUAAAGUUGUCUAAAUAAAUAAAAUUGAAAUCUGAGCAUUUACAUUCCCAUGAAAAGUGGGCAAACAUGACAGUCCAGUGCUGAAAGUUGCAUAAGGGUUUCAUGAAAAAAAUCUAAUUACACAGAAUAUGUAAAAAAUAAAUAAAUAAAUAAAUAAAGUAGGAAGUUGAUGUGACUUUCAGUGAAAGUCAAACUGUAACUUGCAUACAUGGCAAGAAUUUGGAUGGAUAUGUCUUAUUAGAUUUUUUUUAAUAACCCCAGAACAGCACCCUCUAGAGGAGAGGAUACAAAGUGCAGGAGACCUCAGAGGAGACGGAGCCAAGCAGUACAUAUUCCAAGUAAGCCCAGUAAUAAGACCUUUCUGGUCAGAGAUGCAUAAAACAACAGAAGGUAUAUUUAAUAUGAAUACACCUUUAAAGCUCUGCACUUUCAUCUUAGGGAGUGUUGCUUUCCAUUCAGGGCACGUCACUAAAUAUCUAUUUGAUAUUUUGGCAGCUGCUUGUAAAAAAGAAAAUACUGUGAGGGAAGCAGCCAGUGCCUCAUAAAGAGGGAAUGGACAGAUAUCAUCAACAAAGUAUACAUAAUGGAAACAGUUUAUUUUUCAUUUUGCCUACAAAUGGUCGUGUUCAGAACGGGGUUCCUGUGUACAACAGUCAUGGUCACAUUUUGUGGAAUUAACCAAUCAAUAAAUCGUCUGUUGGAGAAUUUGACACACAUAUAUAAGUAAAAGGCUGCUUGAUCUCCAUCCAACAUUUGUUUAAAAACUUAGUUUAUUCACUGAGUUGUCUCUCAACAUGCAGAACUCGAUCUUUGUUGCCAAGCAUCGCUCUUUUCAAAAUGUAAACACAGUAGUUAUUUAUAUAGGACAUAGACUGUUUAAAGAAAAAAGGAUAACAAGAACAGAAAGGCUCUAAGUCAUGGUUCACUGACAGCAAAGCUUCACUGCAGGUUUAUAUCUUUGUAGCUGCUGAUAUGUUCUCAACUACUCAAUAAACAAAGAAUAAAAAAGAGAUAAUAAGAAAAGUGGAUAAACAUCUAGUGAUGAUCCAAGAGUAAAGGUCAGUAACAAAGUUUGACCCUAAAGUAAUUGUCGUCAGCAGUGACGUACAAAGCAUCCCAAUCUCUUCUGGCUAUCACUUAUCUUGUGUGUGUGUUUAGAGGAUUUAAUGAGUCCCUUUUAAAAUCUUCUUCUUGUGGAAUUCCUGCCAGGCUGAGAUAUUACUUUCAAUUCGAUUUAUAUUUAAUUUUCACUUUAUAUAUCAUGACUAAUCUGAGGAGGAGUCCUAAAAUUGGCUCCGUUUUUGAGGAGGCAUCCGUAAAAUGGCAUGUAUAUUAUUCACUUACUGUAUUCACUCAAAAUAAGACAGACUGCAGUGCAGUGUCCUGGUUGGUUAUACUACAGAUGUGCUGCAUUUUAGUUUGGUUUAUCAGCCUUGUGUUGUUGUUACAUUUGUACUGCAUCAUAGCAUUUAGUAAAACAUGUAAUUCUCAGUGCUGUUUUCUGGCAUUUCUCUCAAGCUGUACAGUAUAUGAUGCCAUCCACUGACCACAUGUGGAAAGACAUCCUCUAAUUACAUUUACACACCACAUAGAGCAAGGCUACUUAAAAUGCCUUUAUUUCCUAUGAUUACCUUUUGACAACACAUAGACAAGUCCUGACCACAUCCUAGAUUUGGGUUCCCUUGAGUCAUUCAGGGCUACAAUGACUAAUAUAUGAGUACAUUUUUUUCUAUCCUUUUGCUUCUAUUUUUGCAGGAAAACAUGGAUUUUUGUAAGGAAAUAAAUCAUGCAGUUUACAAAAAGACAACUAUUGACACACUACAACGAGACACAAACAAGAGUCAAGUUCAAGCAGUUCUCUUGUCUGUUGCUCAGUGAGUAAAUGCAUGAAUGAGUAGGUUGACGAUCAAGUCUUUGGUUGUUUAUCUUGACUAUAUUCACAUAAGAGGAUUGUGACAAACAAGGAAGCAUUACUGAAGCUCAGGCUGGCAGCAUCGCAUUGUGACUGUUGCUCUGCAGUGUGCGGGUCUGCUCUGUGUGAGACCCAGGAAGAUAGGGAUUCUGUUGCUGCAUCACAGAGAGUUGGCAAAAUGAUGUAGUUCAUUAAAAGAACACCAAUAAACAAACACAGUUGCUAAUGGUCAUAUUGUAAAUACAUAAAAAGGCAUCAUCUGGCCGCUGCUCACAUUAUACAUAGAUGAGAGUGAGUAUAUAAAAUAACCCCAGGGGGGGAAAAAAGACCUUUGUAGCAUAUGAUGUAAUGAGGUGCUUCUUUACAUUAAGAUCGGAACUUAAAAUUGACACCACACUGUGAAGAUGAAUCUUAAGAAUAGACUUGAUAUUAAAAAUGUGAAAUGUGUCUGGUCCGUCUCCCUCUUAGUCCCUCGACAAUCUGAUACUACUUUCGGCCGUUCCUGUUAGGGGUCCCCACAGCGAAUCAACUGUUCACAUGCAUACAAUUGGCAAGCGUUUUACGCCAGAUAAACUUCCUGACGCAACCCAAAUUGGGAUACAUAUAUGCAUAUACACUAAUGUGGGCAAUUUAGAGUUGCCAAUCAACCUAAUCAUGUCUUUGGACUGUGGGAGGAAGCCAGAGUACCUGAAGAGAACCCACUCAAGCACAUGCAAGCUCCACACAGAAAGGCCCCGAACCUGGAAACUUCUUGCUAUGAGGCAACAGUGCUAACCACUGCACCACCGUGCUGCCCCUCUUAGUCUCUUGACAAUAAGAGACAUAAAUACAUGAUACUGGACUGUCAUAAAGCUUAGGAUUGCUCAGUUUCAUAUAGUCUACGUUAUACAUAAAGGUUUAUCUAAUAUUAAAUGGCACAAACCAAAACAAUCACAUGGUACAACCACGGUGCAAACAAAUCCCCACAUGAAAGACGUCACGGUGGACACAGCAUCUCAGAACAUGCACAAAAAUCUCAACAGCAGCUCAUCCCUUUACAAUAAAUUAGUUAUACUGUGUGUUCAAAAUGACUUUUGUGAUGAAAAGAUGAUUCAUUUUGGUUAAUUACCAAACUGGACAAUAUACCAUAAUAAUAUUUCACAGAACUAACUCAUUAAAGCAAUAAAAUUAAUAAAAUAAAAAAAAACAGAGUUUGGUUUUCUUUAUAUGCAAACUAGAGAGUGUAAACGUUUGCCAAGGCAGCUCAGUUUUUCCAUAAUGCCAUUAGAAAAUAUUUGG